AUGAAAUUCGUUUUAAUAAUAUUAUUUACAAUAGGACUUGCAAUAAAUGAAUGUGAAGUGGAUAAUAGAGAUAGAAUAAAGUUGAGUGGGAUGUCAAAAUAAAAAGAAGAUGAAUUAAUGGAAUUGCAUAACGAACAUAGAAAUUUAGUAGCUUACGGAAAGGUAAGAAAUUGGUAUGGUGAAUUCUCAUCAGCUACAAAUAUGUAUUGUAUUAAAUGGGAUGAUCAUUUGGCAAGAAAUGCUUAAGAUUGUGCUAAUAAAUGUCCUACUAAUUUUCAACUUGAUUGUUCUUUUCCUAGAUAAUAUGGUUACUUGACAUAUAAAGGCGAAGCUGAAAAUGCAGGAUCAGAAUGGAGUGCAACAAGAAUUUUUUAAAAGCUGUUAUAGUAAGAAGAUUUUGCAAGAUAAAUUGAAUUGGCAACAGCUUAAUUUUUUGGUUGCGGAAGAACGUAAAUUACUAGAAGGAAUGGUAAGAGCCAAGAAAUUUUUGUAUGUGUAUACAAUAAAUAACCAAAUUUGCAUGGAGAUGUAUAUAAAUAUGGUAUUCCAGGUUAAGAUUGUAUAUACGGUCGUAAAGCUGAAUUUUCAGGAUUGUGCAAACAAAGUGCUAAUGAUAUAGAAGCUUUGAAAUUUAGACAUAAAAGGCAUUAAGAUGCAUACAAAUAUCACCAUAAGGACGAAAGACAUCAUGUUCAUCAUAAUCAUCAUCGCAAAGAUGAUGGAUUUCACACAAGGGCUGAUUGA